GUCCCGAGGUCGCCAGUCCCGAUCCGCGUCUGCGUCAUCCCGUCGGCAUUCAUCCCGCCACAAAAAUCGUAGCCGACGCCGACGCCGUUCUUGUUCUACCUCCUCGUCCGAAUCACGGUCCCGUUCGCCCACCAAGAGACACCCUCGGCGCGCAAGCGAACAUGACGACACCAACGAGGACGAGCUGACGUGGAGUCAGUUCAAGCGUGAUAUGAGGCGCAUCGACAAGGGCUACGGGGUGUCUGAUAAGUCUUCCCACCUUGCUGGGCUUCGAGAUCUUGCCCGUUUCCUCCCACGACAGUACACGCCCUACGACAAUUUUAAUUCCAUGUUCAUCACAGGGAUAAGUAUCUGGCAGCUCGGGCCCAUGUCGGAGGCCGAUCGCACCAAGCGGAUCAAGGCAGUUCGCAAAGUGAAAUUCAAAGACGCUCAAUAUCUGGUGUACGUGUUCGAAGACCUCAUCCAAGAGCACACAAUCUUCCGAAACUAUGCGGAGAAGCUCAAGGAUCGCCCGCAAGACAUUUUGGCUGUGGCGCGCUUCAUUGAUUACCACGCACGAGCGGCACGCACGUCGGACAUCCGAACGCUCAAAGUCGAGCUUCCAAAAUUCUUCGAAGACGUCCAAAUCGCCCCCGACUGGGCCGUGCCCGCGCUCUCACCGCUAGAGUUCGAAAAGAGGGAACGUAACUGCGGUCUCUAUUCCGACUGCACCGCCCGCCUGCUUGUCAACAUCAACGAACGCGAACGCUUUGACCGCAAUGGGACCAUUUACCGAAUGACAAAAUUAGCCGAAACGCCCGAACUGAAAAAAAAGCGCCUCCGCAAGCAUCCAGAGACUGACGAAAGCUAUUCCUAUCCUUCGUUUUUGUUCCCAGCAACACUCGAGUAUAACGCCGAUGAUCCUUCGUACGGUCUUUUCAAGGGCGCGUUCUUUCGAAAGUGUGUACGGACUCUUCUGACGGGGGCUACCUCCGCCAGUCAGCCCCCUGGGGUACCCGGAACAGGCCGUUCAACACUAUCGAAGAAGCACAACAUUUAUUGCGUCACAAGCGCAAUGAUUGCCUACGUGGCUUCCUUGGUUAGAUUUCUGCUGAGCGACAAAAAGGACUGGGACGGUGACGAUGCGGAUGGCUCCGGGCAACUACUUCAUUCGGCCCUCCGCGAAUUCCUGGACCUCGAAUUUGAAGCCCACGAAGACGCCGCUGAAGAUGGGCUCUUUCAACCUGGGUCCGAAAAGGAAGAGUUGAACGAGAAUGUCUUCGCGCAUUAUAAUCGGUGGAUUUUUGGCAGAGCGUACGGAGAUGACAACGUACGCCUGAGACAGCUCCAACAAAAAAACAACUCGCUUUACGACGACGGCAAGGCUGGCGAUGACGAUAGCACAAGACGUGGUGCCCGCACGAUCCGAGAACAGGCACUCGUCACGCACAAGGCCCGGCUUCAACAAAUGGCCAUGCGUCGACUUGAGCAACAAGACGACGCCAGCACACAAGCGUCUCAAGGCCUCUCUUAUGCCGACGACGACGAGGAGGCAAACGGGCAAGCUCGCACCGAGGAGGUCCCCGGGCAGGAAUCGGGCGCGCAAGAAGAAGGCGGGGGCCCACAAGAUGAACAAGCCCAGCUCAACACCGAUCUCGAGACGUACUGCUCCGCCGGACCCUCCCUCUCCGACAGCCUCAAGCGCCUCUACGGCUUCGGGCUGCUGCUCCUCGUCCCAGGCACGAUGACGGCCUCACUCAUGUCGACUGUAGAGCAGAUCAUGUCACCGUCGACGUCGACGACCCGCCCAUCGGCUACCCCAGCCAGCGCCCCAUCGCCCGGCCCAAGUCCCCUCGACAAGCUCGCUGUCGAGCUGCUCACGCUCAUCGCGUUCUACGCCUGCACCGACGGCGGGCCCACGGGGUGCUCGCUCGCGCUCGUCUCGAAGCGGAUCGAGCAGUUCCUCGCGUGCUACCAGGCCGAGCGCGCGCGCGCGACCGACGCCCUCCCGCGCGUCCGCCACCUCUGCCUCUCGCUGUUCGGAAAGGGGCUCGACAGCCCCGCUGCGGCGCCUUCCUCAGCAGCCUCCGGGUAUGCGGAGGCGGGGGCAGGGGCGGGGCCGCGGCCGACGUCGCGCGCCGAGUUCCUCGCACAGAUGCAGCGGCGGGCGCAAAACUGGCGCUCCGCGCAGGACAGCCUCGACGAGCGGUACAACCACGUCGUGCCGACGCUCGUGCGCGCGGUCGCGCCGGACAUCCAGACGCUCGCGCUCGUGCAGGCGCAGUGGCGCGCGAGCACGGUCGUGCGGUGCUGCUUCCCGCGCCUGCGCGAGCUCACGCUCGUCGGCGGGGACCCGAGCUUCAUGCCGUUCGGGUUCGUGCCGGAGGGGAGGCCGCUGUACCCGGCCCUGAAGAGGCUGCACCACAUCCUGGCGUUCGUGGGGCGGGACGUGGAUUUCUUGCAGUGGGCGACGCACGCGCCGGGGGUGACGCACCUGCGGGUGUCCAGGCUCGACUCGCACCCGCGGGUCACGGUGGACACGCUGGACCAGGUCAUCGGCGACCAGGGGUCGGACGAGUUCUUCGCGCACCUGCAGCACGUCAUGAUCGAGCCGCACCCCGCGCCGCCGCCUGGGCCUGCGACGACGACGGCGCACCUGGCGUUCCGCGACUUCCUGGCGCACCUCGAGCGUUCGAAGGAACGGGCGAGGGUGCCGGUGGCCGUCCUCCCGCCGCUUGAAAUGCCGAAGAUGGUGGCUGGGAUGGACCCGCACCGGACGUGCAUCAUGCGGGUGAAGAGGGAGUGGAUGGAGCGGGUCGAGGGCGAGGGCGCGGGGUGCUGGGAGGAACACAUGCAUAUGCAGAGGCGUGGACGGGGUGCGUCGCACUGA